UGUGAAAGUAAUUUAGCUAUCACAUUUAACAAAUAUGUUCAUGAAACACAAUAAACAGUAGAAUCUGUCUAGAAUUAUCAUGGCAAUUUAAAACAAUCGCAUAAAGCUAAAUACUGUUCAUUAUCAAGAUAUAUGUAAAAAUCAGGAUAUGAGUAUUAUCAAGAACAUUGAAAGGAAUGGAAAAUGAUCAAACAUUACUUGCUACAAAUUCUUACUUCAAUACAUUGUAACAUUAGGACCAUGGAGAGGAAUGUUUCAAAUCUUUGCUUGUUUGCAGCUGGGACAGUGUUAUGUCUAAUCUACAUUACGUCAAAUGGGCUGGAUGACAACAACUACAAAGCAGACAGGGACAUUGAUGAUCUAACCGAAGAGUACACUCGUCCUUAUAUCCCAAACUCUACAGUGAAACAGAUACACGAGGAACGCAGACAUCUUCUUAAAGAACAAUGCAUCAAGCAACAAAGCUCACGAGAAAACCAAAAUAUUCUUGAUAAAGUUGUUCACACUGAUGAUUUUUAUAUUGAUGAUAUCCAUCAAAUGAUAUACUGUAGAGUUCCUAAGAUUGGAUGUACAUUAUUUAAGAGGAUUAUGUAUGUUAUAAACGGAAAUACAAUAUCUAUAGAUCCGUAUGAUAUACCACCUCUUAUUGCAAAGGAUUUACCGAUAAAGCGUUUUGAGAAUUACAGUCGGCAACAGGUAGAAUAUAUGUUAAAACAUUAUACAAAAGUUCUCAUUGUUCGUGACCCAUUGGAUCGUUUAAUAUCAGGGUAUUUCGAUAAAUUGUAUAGUAUAAAUCCAAAUUUUUGGUACAAAGCGGGAGCACCUGCCAUUAAUAUUUUUAGAAAACAUAUAUCAUCCUGGAAAUCAAAACAAUGUGGAUUUGAUACCACUUUCGAAGAAUUUCUGCUACACAUUAUACAUAGAUAUGCAAAUAGGAUACCAUUGAAUAAACAUUGGCGUUCAAUAUACGAUAUGUGUUUCCCUUGUAAUAUUAACUAUGACAUCAUAGGUCAUAUCGAAACAUACUCUAAGGAUAUUUCUCAUAUUCUUGGAACAAUUCACGCGGAACACAGUAUCAAAAUGAGAUCGAACUAUAGCAGAUUGGAAAAUAUUCACAGAGAGGUUGACAUUAUGUUUCGUGGCUAUCCGACGGCAUGCGGCCUCACAAAGAAACAACUUCUCAAUAGGAUAUUAGGAGGCUUGGAGACACGAGGUUAUAUAAAGCUUGACAAUCAGGAAAGAAGAAAUCUGUUACAAGGGGAAAUAGAAUCCGAUGUUCUCAAGUCGAAAUUAACAGAAAUUUAUUACAAAAAACCCAAUCCAGAAAAAGGAUUCAAAGAUUUAAGAAAAACAGUACUUCACAAGAUACCUCUUGAAAUCUUAAAGGCAAUACAAAGUAUUUACAAGCAUGACCUUCGGUUGUUUGGUUACGAAAAUUUUGUUUAGAAAUAAUUUAAUAAUUGCACAUGUAAAUCUUAUUAGCAAUAGAACUGCCUUUUAAAGAAUACCUUUCCUUUUCUGUUCAAACUUAAAAAAUAGAAACCAUCUCAUAUCUAAUUAAGUUAAUUCGAGCUAACAAAACAGAGAUAUGAUUCGUACAAAACAGAAAUCAUCAGUUACUCCUUUACAAAUCACCUAAAAUGCAACCGGUCGAUAGAAUAACAAUGAACUGUGUAUAGAGAAAUAUUAAUUAAUAGAUAAAUCAAUGUACGAAGGUGACACCCAUGAAAUACAUCUAGACCCAAUACAUCUAGGAUUAAAAAAUCGGACAAAUCGUUCGAUGGCAACCCUAGCAGAAUGCAAUUUGAAAUUCUGGGGUGUCCUUACUAGAUGAUGUUGUCAUCUGCGAACAAAGUUAUAGGUUGAACUGCAUACCUAGCGACGCAUUUGUAUGGAAGUCAAUGUAGUUGAAGGUCGGCUAUAUAUCCUGUAUAGGCGUCAAAAAUAAAAGAACCAAAAUAACAUUAGCCUAUAAAAAUGCACAGAAUCGUUCCU